AUGGCUCCAGUUGCGGUCGAGGACAUCAUCGAAGCUCCGGUCGUGUCCAAGAAAGGAGCCGGCUUUACCAAUGGUGCCGUCCAGAAGCCGACCCUGGCACGAUAUGACGCGAACGAUCCGGCCACGACGACGGAUCUUCUGGUCGAGAUCAUUGAACGCGACGGUGGUGUUAUCGUGGAGAACAUCAUCUCCAAAGAACUAGCCAGCCGUAUCAAGUCGGAGCUGAAGCCUUAUUUCGACACAGACAUGGUCGACCCUUCAGGUUUCUUCCCACAUACGACCCAGAGAGCUACAGGUCUGCUUGCCCGGUCGGAAGGGUGCGUAGAGUUAGCCAUGAAUCCCACGUACAUCAAUGUGGCAAACAAGAUGAUCUCUUCGACAUUUACGUACUGGACUGGCCAGAGACAAGAAACCGUCACAGCGAAGCCGAUCAUCUCCUCGAGUGUCGGCUUCCGUGUGAAUCCAGGCGGUAGGCAACAGGGACUGCACAGAGAUGACGCCGACUAUCACACUCGCAAUUGCGACAUGCCCAUGAUGCUCGGGUGUGUGACUGCCUUGACCAAGACAACAGCCGAGAACGGCGCCACAAUUGCGAUCCCUGGGUCGCAUGUUUGGGGUCCAGACCGUUGCCCAUACGAUCACGAAGCUAUUCCAGCAGAGUUGGAACCUGGUGAUGCCUUCAUCUUUGUCGGCAACCUAUAUCAUGCUGGAGGUGCUAAUGUUACCAAAGACCAAGCUCGCGAAACGGUUGGAAUCUUCUUAUGCAAGCCGACCUAUCGUCCUGCUGAGAACCAGUUCCUCAUGGUGCCUCCCGAGAAGGCUAAGCGGCUGCCACCACAAGCACAAAGGCUUUUAGGUUAUGGAAUUUGCCGUCCGUCUCUCGGCUUCAUGGAAUAUCAAGAUCCCAUGCGUGUCCUGUUUGGGGUCGAAGACGAGGAAACUGUUGACAUGUAA